UAUUGCAAGUUUUUAAAAACCUGCAUUAUUGCAACUGAAUGUGUUAACAAUCGUAUGUGACUUUGGUUCAUAUCACCCUGCCAAUAUCCUAUCUGUGAUAAAAAAUUAAUUUAAUCAUUAAAAAGUGCAACCUCAAACUUUAACUUCUUCCAGCAGUUAGUAGCUUUAACUAAAAUGGCUCUCGCUGUGAGUGCACUGAAAGAACAAAUAGAACGAGCAAAGGAAAAUUUAAAAACCGUUGAUGACAGCAUUAAAAAAGUAACCGGACGUGACCCCAAUGAAGCCAGACCUGAACGUCAGAUGAACGAAAGAGGACGCGGCAGAGGCCGGGGUCAAGUACUUGGAAGACGGCGAUGGACAAACGAAGGUGCUGAGGAACCUCCCUCGAAAAAAGCAGGAGAUUUAUAUCAGAGGGUUGGUGUCGGACCUGGUCGUCGAGUAGUCGCUGGCAAUCGACGUAACUUUGCUCCUGUUGCUCAUCAUGAAAGUGAGGAGGAGGAAGAGGAAGAGCAAAAACUAACAGUGCAGUCAUCCAUCGUAUCAACUGCCAAAAAGAUUACAAAAAAAGAGCUUAUUCAUGCACAGAACCCAGAUGAGAAAGGAAAGGCAAGAAAUCGAAGAAUGUUUGGCAUGCUGUUAGGAACGCUUGCGAGAUUUCAAACUGAUGAAAGCAAAGCUGGUCUUGCUGCCAAGCAGGAACAAAAACGCACAGAAAUCGAUCGCAGGUUGGAAAAAGUUGCAGCAACUGAGCGCAAACAAGCUGCUGCUGAGAGAAGGGAGCUUUACACUGAACGUAGAACGCAGCAGAAGAGAAUUGAUUUGCUCGAACAGAAGAUAGAGUUGGCAGGAGAGCAAGAAAUAUGGGAGAAAUAUUGGAUGCAGAAGUCAAAGUUUGUAAUGACCAAAGCUUCCCCUCCAAUCUUCUUUAUGCCAAAAGAUACCGGCACUGGCCGUAUUUUAAGAGCAAUCAAGGAAACACAGAAGAUUAUUGAAGAAAAAAUAGAAGCAAGUAGAACUUCAUUGCAAAGUUCCUUGACUGCCAUUGAUGCGGAAAUUAAAGCUUUAGAUGCGCGCAAAGAUGCUCCGGAAGAGGAUGCUCCCAGUGAGUCCGUGGGUAAGGUGAAGCAGGAGGAGGGUAAUGAGGUGGAAGAUGAGGGGGUAGACGAUCUUAAUGAGGAGCCUAACGUUGAUAUUAACAUUGGGGGGGAGGAGAGUGAAAAAGAGGGGAGCAUGUCGGAGGGGGAGGACCAAAAUAAGGUUGGGGUAAGCAGGGAUCAUGGUAAGUUGGGGAGGAAUGAAGAGAUGGGGUCCAUGGGUGAUGUAGAAAUGGGGGGUGAGGGGGUUGAUAAAAAUGAAGGGCUGAAUGAGGGGCCUGUUGUGGGUGAGGGUCCGGAACAAACAGAGGAUGUAGGCGGAGCAUCAGAAGAUGUGGAUCAAACAGUGGAUGAUAAAUCGAAUCACGGUGCAAGUGAGAAAGUUAAAUCUGUGGGAAGUGUGGAGCAAAAUGAUGCACAUCAAGAAGAGAAAAUGGUGGAAGAAACUCAGCCUGAUGAUAACGGAAAAGCUUAUGAUGAUAUAGAUGUUAAAGAGGGGGGAGAGAUAAAAGUAGAGAGAUUGGAGGAGAAUGAAAUGGAGGUGGGGGAAGAAGCUCCUAAGCAUGAGGAAGCUGCUGAAGAUAAAGAAGCUCCUGAAAAUGAAACUCCUGAUGAUGAAACUGUUGCUGAUAAAACUGGGGGGACGGUAGAAGCAUCAGACGUGCAAGAAAUGGAGGUUCCAAAGGUUAUUGAGCACAAAAAUGAACAAAAAUUGAAGGAGAAUGAAAAGGAAGAAGAAAGUGAAGAAGAGGAAGGUCCGACUAUUGUUCCUCCAACAUCACGGAAAGUAAAAUCGGAUGAAACUAAAUCUCCAAGCAAGAGUUCUUCUUCCAGAAGAGUGUCGAACAAGGAUGAUGAUAAAUCAAGAACUUCCAAUAGAUCCAGGGAGCGUUCUCGUCGAGAUUCAAGAAAUCAAAGUCCUGGUCGUAGAAGGACCUCCACAACUCAGAGACGAAGAAGAAGUUCGACACCAAAGAGGCGAAGAUCCUCACGAAGUCCUAGGAGAUCAAGGAAAAGUCCUCCAAGGCCUUCAAGAUCUAGUAACCGAAGAGCAGAUUCUGGUCUUCGUCGAAGAAGAAACACACGAUCUAGCUCUUCCAGCAGCUCAUCUUCAUCAGACGAUAAUGCACGCAAGAGAAGUAGAGGAAGACGAUCCUCACCUCCAAGGAGGACAAACAGAAGAAGAUCACCAUCUUCAUCCAGCAGUAGUAGCAGCGACUCUUCACGUGAUAACUCUCCGAGAAAAUCUCAUAGAGAUGCUCCACGAAGUCAGCGUGACACCCAUAGUUCAAAAUACAAUAGCCAGAGAUAAUUUUGAACAGAAAACACCAACCAACAUCUUAAUGCAGGCAAUCUUUUACUUUAUGUACAGAACCUGGUGCAUGCGCAUUGAUUUUAAAAUCUUGAAAAACUUUCUCACAUUUCUUCCACGCAAAUCUCGUAAGGCGUUAAUAAUUAUGCUCACAACUUUAAAAGUGAAGUAAUUUUAUUUGUUCUGUAUAUGAAAGUCGUAUUAAUAAAGUUAAACCUGUAACAGCUGA